AUGGGCUCUUACGGUCUCGACCUAUCUCCGGCGCAGGCGCCUCUUAAUUGCUUUGGACCCUCUCUCUCAACUAGAAUAUUUUCACGACUCAGACCUCGUCAUACGCGGAAGACGGAGUAUAACAACCGCCUCCGCGACGGGGACGCUCAGAUGAUGGAGGCUCGCGAGGCCUUCCAGGCGUGCCAGAGCGCCCUAGGGUACGACGUACGCGCCACUAUUCAGAUGAACCUUGAGGGACUCCGCAUUGAACGGGAUAGGCUGCUCAAAUUCUCCGACUAUGGAGGCUCUCAGAGGACAGAGGAAGAUGCUCUGUCUCGAGCGGAAGUCUUCAGAGCCAAUGCUGCUCGGAUCCUUGCCAUGGUCACAACCGCGCGUAGAGGGGCACAUUCGGCACAGAGCCCUUCACAACCAAGGGGAUUGAGCACUAGCAUGCACUCCCCAAGUCGCAGCCCCCACAGCGGGAGCGGGAGCGGCACCGGGAGCAGACACGCUUCCAGCGAGCACAGCCGUGCGUCGGCGAGGAGCCAUCACCCUCCCCUGCCAAGGACUUCUCCAUAUGCUGAAGAGCCUCUUCAGAUGUUGCAAACCCGCGCCGGCCCCGUCGUCUGGCAUCCUAGUCCUCCCGCUCCUGAGGGGAACACGCUCUGGCUCCAUGAUCUUGACAUUCGCGGCUCUCCCCGUGCUUCGUUCAAGAACGGGGAUCUGCAUGGCACACCCGCAAGCAGCAUCCCCAGCCUGCACGGCACACCCAGAGGCAGCAUCCCCAGCCUCAACAUGGCCAUCGUCGGCCUGUCAUCCACGCGGGCCUCCCCGACAUCGUUGAAAGGUUCCCCCGCCGACUCCAUCGGUGCGUACUCGCUCGGGUCCGAUGGCUUCCCCCGCCCGAGCCGCCGUGCGCCCCAGCGUCGGGGCACGAUUCAGUCCACGACUAGCCUCCCACGGUCGCAGGCCGCCGCAUCGCGCCAGGGCACGCACUCGAGCCACGGGUCGCCCGCGCACGGGGCGUUGUCGUCGCGCCAGUCGUCGGUGCAGACGUCCCGCAGUGGAACGACGCACUCACACUCGAGCCCUGGCCAUGCCCUCCCCCGUCCUAGCCUCGACAGUGGCAAACGCUCCGGGAGCUACCAGUCGACUCGCUCAGACGAACGUCGUAGCCGGGGUGCCUACGCACGAGGACCAUCGUCACUCAGGACGUCGUCUGUUCCCCCUGAAAACAGGUCUCCUUAUGGAGUCCCAUAUGUCACCGACUCCCCCGGACGAUACCACCACUAA